UAUGCGUGAAUUUACUAGGUUAUGUGCAGCACAGAGAGUACAGCACGUACAUUUGCCACGUCCUUGGGGGUUCAGCUAUGGUGGGUCAAGAUGUAUCCUUCCCUUCCCUUCUUUAUUCGGUGACAUCCGACGUGUCACUAGAUGCCCAAGUGGCGCUGUGAAUCUAUCUAUUUCGUACGAGGUACGGAGUACACAGUACAUGAGGCAAUAUUCCAGUAUACUGUGCGCGGUGCUUUCUCGGCGGAAGACCGGAGUGGGAUUUGGUUAAAGUUAACAUGCUUCCAUGAAUGGGCUUGUUCUAGCACUAGUGAGGAUAAACUGUGCCGUGCGGUCGAAUUGUCAGCUAUGAUCACUAGCCAAAUAUUAAGACUGCCAUCGAGAUACACCAGGAGACAGAUACCGUAUCUCAAGCAAAGGCUACGGAGAAUUUCUCUCACGGCGCACACAUCAGCCCCUCAAGGCAAGAGAAGUACUACCCGAUUGAGGGACUUCCCGGAGUUUAAAUUGCCUACUAUGGGCCGAUCAACAACAAUUUACGGAGUACAGUUACCGGGAUAUCGUGAUCAGUGUACGGAGUACUUGUACGGUUCCAAUGGUAUGGAAACUGUCAUUGCCGAUCGCGCGCUCUUCGGGAACCUUGGAACCAAGACCCCAAUUUUUGGCUUUACUGAUGAUUGUGACUUUGGGGGUUGUACCGGUACCUUCAUGUGCUGUGCUCUACUUACUGUUGCCCUCUGGAUAGUAUCUGGCUUUUUUUCUUCUACCGAAAGGAGCUGAGGCAAUUCAAGAGAAUCAUCCUCCCGGGAGUGCCAUGCCAGAGAGUCCACGGGAAGUAAAGGAGUAAAUACUAUGUAUACUAUUGCGAAAGGGAAUCAGUAGUUUACACAGUAAGUUAGCUUUGCCACCAUGGAGAUUUUGGUGGCCUGGGGCUCCUGGGAGAGUCAAAGAUUUCCACAUCAUAAGCUUCUGCCAGACCACCAGCUAGUUAGGUUUUUGAAGGUUAGAUAUGAAUAUGAAAAUUCGGCGAGUGACCCAAUUUCUUGAGUCUAAGAGUUUAUCAAAGUCAGUGGCAGAGAGG